AAAAAGGUUCAGUAGUUAAUGAACCACUGAGCAGUGAGCAGGUACGAGUGUUCGAUAAACAAGAACCUGCACCGCACCGGCUACUACCUGUUUUUUGCUGAGUUCGCGUGGCGGUAACAGUGUUUUUCAACUUUCAAGGACAUCUCAUUCAUCAAAAUACACGAACAUAAAAAUAUCAUUUACUAAAACUAUUAACUAAUAACCAGAAUAUUUUACUGCAGUAUAACUAGUUUAUUAGAAGUAAAAAUAACUAUAAACAGUUUUCUAUUACAAUUUAUUGGGUGUAAUAUAAAGCGAAUCAUCAUUUAUAAGGAAUUUAAUCAAAGAGUGCUCAGAAAUUCCGUUUUAACCAAAUGUGAAUAGAAUGUGAAUAUCAUGAAAUAUAACUCCUGCUGAAGUUAAUCUCUUGAUUGCGCUUGAGUGAUUCAUGCAAUAAGCAUACAAUAAAACAGUUCUAUAUUUAACGUCAUCUAGACUAGACUAGUGUAGCCGUAAGUUUAUUAUCACAAUGAGUAAAUGUGAUCUGUAUCUGGAGAACUAUCAAACCCAUUAUACUGGUGGACAAACAAUAAUCGGACAUGUUUUGGUCACGUUUACCAGUGACAAAGAAGUUCAUGGAAUAGUAGUACGUAUCAAAGGGGAGGCUACUACGCAUUGGACGGAAACAGAAUCGCAUUACAAUUCAACAACAAAGCGCAAUGAAAGCCGGACGGUUUCUUAUAAUGGGUCGCAUGUCUUUAUCAAUCAUGAGAUAGACCUACUACAGAAUGGUGGUUCAUCAAGGUUUAUCCGUGAAGGAGUCCAUAAGUAUCCAUUCAUUUAUACUCUGCCCGCGGACUUGCCUUCAACAUUUAAAGAACAUCUGGGUAAAAUUCAAUACAAAAUUAAAGCAGUGGUCAAGCGGCCAAUGCUUAAAUUUAACUAUGAAGCAGAGUCACCUUUCAUGGUAGUUACACCUGUAGACCUCAACAGAAAUCCAAGUUUACGUGAUCCAGCAACGAGAAAUAAAGAAAAAAACACUUAUUUCUUCUGUUGUAACAGAGGUAGUAUCAAAGUCCAAGCCAACAUUCCCAAAACAGGGCUUUCAAUAGGAGAAAGAUUACCACUGCAUAUUUCGGUUGAGAAUCUGUCACAAUCUAACAUUGAAUGUAUUAAAUGUAAAAUCAAAAAGGAUGUGGAAUUUCAUGUCACAAGUCCCCAUCAUAGAACAAGACAUGAUAAAGAUACAAUCUACAGCGAAAAUUACAGUGGCGUAGGUGCCCAUGGCGAAAACACUUAUAACGAGACAAUUGAGAUUAACAAUGCGGCGAUUAUAACUAACUUUGUAAAUUGCGAUGUAAUUAAAGUUAGUUACAUGUUAGAGAUAACUUUUGUAUUAUCUGGCUUACACACAAAUAUAGAGCUCGGUAUGCCUUUAUCUUUAGGCCAUAUACCUAUAGGUGUGAGGAAUACAACAAUGGCGGCACCUCCGGCUUAUAAUAUGGUGAACACUGCGACUGCUCCACCUGUAACACCACCUACGUAUGGUUUUGUUGCACCACCGGAUGCUAUGCCAAUGCCAGUGCCUAUGCCUAUGGCAAUGCCUGUUCCACCACCUUAUAAUGACGCGGCUAGUGGGUUUAACUUUGGAGGUUAUCCGACUGCACCAAUGGCGCCGUCAGCGCCAGAUUUUACUACUGCGCCAGCUAAGUCAAAGGAUGACUGGGAGGUUUUAGAUGAUCCGACAAAUUUGCCAACGUAUGACCAGGCUAUGGCUUAUCCUACAAAGACAUAAUUUUGUAUUGUUUUUAUAUUAUAUUAUGACAAUUACUAUAAAUAUAUGAAUAUUAUAGAGGUUUA